UUCAGUUCACAUGGCUACCCCUCACUUCCUUUUGUUCCCAUUCAUGGCACAAGGCCAUAUGAUCCCCAUGGUUGACCUCGCCAAGCUUCUCGCCCACCGUGGCGCCAUUGUCACCAUCGUCGUCACACCCAACAACGCCGCCCGCAACCACUCUGUUCUUUCUCGCGCCAUCGAUUCCGGCUUGCAGAUCCGUGUCGUCCAACUGGAGUUUCCAUGGAAGGAAGGUGGGCUCCCAGAAGGGUGCGACAAUGUCGACUUGCUUCCUUCGCUUACCUCCAUGUCCACUUUCUUCAAAGCCGCCAGUCUCCUUUACGACCCCUCCGAAAAAUUGUUCCUCCAACUCAAUCCUCGUCCCACUUCCAUAAUCUCCGAUUCCAAUCUUCCCUGGACCAUCCAACUUUCUCAAAAGUUUCAUGUCCCAAGACUCGUUUUCUAUACUUUGAGUGCCUACUUUCUCCUCUGUUUGCAGUGCUUAAUGACCGACUCUGCUCUUGCAAGCUCUGACUCUGACUCCGUAAUUUUCUCAGCCUUGCCUGAUCCUGUCCAGUUUCGUAAGUCGGAGUUACCUAGAACCACCGACGUAGGCAUGGCUAAGUUUGGGGUUGAAAUGACCCUGGCCGAUGCGCAAUCAUACGGCGCUGUCUUUAAUUCUUUUGAGGAGAUGGAGCCUAAGUAUAUAGCCGAGUUCAGAAAGACAAGAGAAUCGCCAGAGAAGGUGUGGUGCGUCGGCCCUGUUUCCCUUUGCAACGACGACAACCUCGACAAAGCAGAAAGAGGCAACAAAGCCUCAGUCGACCCACACCAAUGCAUCAAAUGGCUCGACGGGCAGCAACCAACAUCCGUGGUCUAUGUCUCUCUGGGAAGCAUCUGCAAUUUGGUGACGGCCCAACUCAUAGAGCUGGGAUUGGGAUUGGAGGCGUCGAACAAGCCAUUUAUUUGGGUCAUAAGGAAAGCAAACCUUACCGAAGAGCUGCUGAAAUGGCUGGAGGAGUAUGAUUUGGAGGGGAAAACCAAAGGGAGAAGCCUCGUGAUUCGUGGAUGGGCUCCUCAAAUUCUCAUACUCUCCCACCCUUCAAUUGGGUGCUUUUUGACGCACUGCGGUUGGAAUUCGAGCACCGAAGGGAUUUCGGCGGGCGUGCCGAUGAUCACGUGGCCGCUGUUUGUGGACCAAGUGUUCAAUUAUAAGCUAAUCGUAGAGGUUCUGAAGGUGGGUGUGGGUAUGGGGGUGGAGACAGUUAUGCACUUGGGAGAGGAGGAGGAGAUGGGGGUGGUUGUGAAGCGAGAGAAAGUGAGAGAAGCCAUAGAAAUGGUGUUCGAUGGUGAGGACAGAGAAGAGAUGAGGCAGAGAUCCAAGAAGCUUGCAGUAAUGGCGAAGAGAGCUGUAGAAGAAGGGGGUUCGUCUCACAGCGAUAUCAAGCUGCUGAUUCAAGAUAUUGUUGCUCAUGGAGGAGGCCAUCACAUCUGAAUAGUGUCACAAUAACCUUUAUUUAUAGUCUUCUUUAUGCUUUCUUGUAACGUCAUGGUUUCUUAUAAUUCGUUACAUAUUGAUGUUAUUUUCCUU